AUGUAAGAUAAAGUUAAAAUUCUCAUGCUUGGUGAAAGAAGUGUUGGAAAAUCCUCUCUCUUAAAUCGUUAUAUUGAUGAUAAAUUUUAUGAUACCAUUCAAGCUACUCUUGGAGUUGAAUACAAAUAAAAAAUAAUUACUAAUGGUGAAUCAUAACUUACUGUUUAAGUAUGGGAUACUGCAGGUCUUCAUAUAGCUUUUCAUUUCUAGGCUAAGAGAGAUUCAGAUACAUAGCUCCUAUUUAUUAUAGAAAUGCUUAAGGAGUUCCUAUGGUCUAUAGUGUCGUUGAUCGAGAUUCAUUUAAUUAAGUACAAACAUGGAUGGACUAUCUCAAGGAUUAAGUAGAUAAUCAAUUAAUAUCUAUAAUUCUGGUUGCCAAUAAAUGUGAUCUUGAGAAUAGAAAUGUCACUACAUCUGAAGGUCAAUAAUUAGCAUAACUUGUAUUAAUAUAUUCUAGAAUAAGUACUCAGUUAGAUAUUUUGAAUGUUCAGCUAAAACAGGAUCUUAAGUCAAAGAAAUGUAUUCAGAAUUAGUUUAAUAAAUUCUCUCUAAAAGAAUACAAAAUAAUGAUUAAUCCCAAAGACUAAGAAAUUUUCCUCAAGAUUAAGUAGAUAAUACAUAACCAUAAAAGUGUUGUUGA